CAGUGCACUGGUUCCGCAAGGGGCUGCGGCUCCAUGACAACCCGGCGCUGCUGGCGGCCGUGCGCGGGGCGCAUUGCGUGCGUUGCGUUUACAUCCUCGACCCUUGGUUCGCGGCCUCCUCCUCAGUCGGGAUCAACCGAUGGAGGUUCCUGCUUCAGUCUCUGGAAGAUCUGGACACGAGUUUAAGGAAACUGAACUCCCGCCUGUUUGUAGUCCGGGGACAGCCGGCUGAUGUGUUCCCAAGGCUGUUCAAGGAAUGGGGGGUGACCCGCUUGACCUUUGAAUAUGACUCUGAACCCUUUGGGAAAGAACGGGACGCAGCCAUCAUGAAGAUGGCCAAGGAGGCUGGUGUGGAGGUGGUGACCGAGAACUCUCAUACUCUCUAUGACCUGGACAGGAUCAUUGAGCUGAAUGGGCAGAAGCCGCCCCUUACCUACAAGCGCUUUCAGGCCAUCAUCAGCCGCAUGGAACUGCCCAAGAAGCCCGUGGGCUCCGUGACCAGCCAGCAGAUGGAGAGCUGCAGGGCCGAGAUCCAGGAGAAUCAUGAUGAAACCUUUGGCGUGCCCUCCCUGGAGGAGCUGGGGUUCCCCACUGAAGGACUUGGCCCAGCUGUUUGGCAGGGAGGAGAGACGGAAGCUCUGGCCCGCCUGGAUAAGCACCUGGAACGGAAGGCCUGGGUUGCCAACUAUGAGAGACCCCGAAUGAACGCCAACUCCCUGCUGGCCAGCCCCACGGGCCUCAGCCCCUACCUGCGCUUCGGCUGCCUCUCCUGCCGCCUCUUCUACUACCGCCUGUGGGACCUGUAUAAAAAGGUGAAGCGGAACAGCACACCCCCGCUCUCCCUGUUUGGGCAACUCCUGUGGCGAGAGUUCUUCUACACGGCAGCCACCAACAACCCCAGGUUUGACCGCAUGGAGGGGAACCCCAUCUGCAUCCAGAUCCCCUGGGACCGCAACCCCGAGGCCCUGGCCAAGUGGGCCGAGGGCAAGACAGGCUUCCCUUGGAUUGACGCCAUCAUGACCCAACUGAGGCAGGAGGGCUGGAUCCACCACCUGGCCCGGCACGCCGUGGCCUGCUUCCUCACACGUGGGGACCUCUGGGUCAGCUGGGAGAGCGGGGUCCGGGUAUUUGAUGAGCUGCUCCUGGAUGCAGAUUUCAGCGUGAAUGCGGGCAGCUGGAUGUGGCUGUCCUGCAGUGCUUUCUUCCAACAGUUCUUCCACUGCUACUGCCCAGUGGGCUUUGGCCGCCGCACGGACCCCAGUGGGGACUACAUCAGGCGAUACCUGCCGAAGUUGAAAGGCUUCCCUUCUCGAUACAUCUACGAGCCUUGGAACGCCCCAGAGUCAGUUCAGAAGGCAGCCAAGUGCAUCAUUGGUGUGGACUACCCACGGCCUAUGGUCAACCAUGCCGAGACCAGCCGGCUCAACAUUGAGCGGAUGAAGCAGAUCUACCAGCAGCUCUCCCGCUACCGGGGACUCUGUUUGCUGGCAUCUGUCCCUUCCUGCGUGGAAGACCUCAGCAACCCAGUGGCAGAGCCCAGCUCGAGCCAGGCUGGGAGCAUGAGCAGUGCAGGUCCAAGACCACUACCUGGUGGCCCAGCAUCCCCCAAACGCAAGCUGGAAGCAGCAGAGGAGCCUCCUGGUGAAGAACUCAGCAAACGGGCCAGGGUGGCAGAGUUGCCCUCCACAGAGCUGCCAGGCAGGGAUGUCUGAGACUGCAGCGCUGUGGCUCCGUGAGCAAAGCCUGGGUGCCCGAGCAGCCACCGUGGCAGCAGAGUGCAACCUGCAGAACAGCUGAUCACCUACAGAGAUGGAGCGAACAUGUGUGCAUGUGUGUGCGCGUGUGCAGAGGAAGGAGUGGGGGCCUGUUUGCGUGUGCAUGCAUCUGUGUACACUCGUGUGGUUCUGAAUGCUGCCUGGGCUCGAGGAGCACCUGUAGCAGCUUCACCUCAGCCUCCGGACACCAGGCUGGAGGUCAUGGCAGUGGCUUUCAUCCCAGACCUGUCCCUGUGAGCCAGCUGCCUUGUCUGAGUAGAAGCGUGGUAGGACCUUAGCUGGGUUUCUGGCAUCUGUCCCCCGACCCCAGCACUUCCUCCCUCCCUCCUCACAUCAGACUGAGGAGCAGGGCGGGGAAUCAUUUCAGGCUCUGGCCCAGAGCAUGCGAUUUUAGAGGCACCUGGGGUCCUGCUGAGUUCCUACUUUAUGACCCUGGAGGCUGGGCAGGCUGGAGCGGAUGGGUGCAGUCCAGACAUCAUCACCUGGCCUGGCUUCUUUCUUAUUUUAAAAUUCUCUGCCACUGGGUUCUUCAGACUCUUCCUUGGGCGGCUGGGACUGAGCGCGAGGAUGUAGACAGAUCUGCAAAUUCUGCCAUCGUAUAGAAGUACACCCAAGCACCUGACUGGAGUGCUGUAUGCACAGUACAAUGGAAAAUAGCCUAAGAACAUCUCCCUUUUCGCAGCUGAAAACCUGAGGUUAGGAACAGAAUCCUAGUCUCACUGGUUCCUUCCCCAGAAGCUGAGAGCCAGCCUCAGAGCUCACUGUGGAGACUCAGUGCCACUGCCAGGAAGAGGCCAGGUUCCUGGUGGUAGAAAGCCCCCUGGUUCCUCUGGCCACAUUUUGUGGCACCUCAGAGCUACCACCAAGGUCAGCUGAUGCCCAGCCAGGGAAGCCAUUCUGGUCUGCACUCUAGAGGCCUCCAGGGCCUGCCCGGGGCUGACCAGCAUCCAAACUGCCGUGUCAGCUCUCCCAGUAGGUGGACAUUAAAGACCUAGGCCGGUGGAUUGCCAGGGACAAUUGGAAAAGGUCCGGCCGAGAUCCCACCCCGCACGCCAACCCUUCUAGAAGCAGCAGGUGGGAGGUUUGACCCAGAGGAGCCAAGGCCUUGCAUUCCAGAAGCAGCCUGUGCCUCCCACCUCAAACCUCCCGCUGUCGGAGGUCUGUGCUGAGAAGGACACAAUGAAAAGAAGGAUGAUGUGGUCAGCUGGAGCAAGUCUUCCUUCCAUCCCAUGGCCUGCACUUGAGCCACAGUGUGUGUAUGUGUGUGCGUGUGUGUGCGCACCUGCAGGUGUAUAUGUUGCUAAAAGGUCAAUGCCUCUUUGGAUUUUUGUCCUCACGCGUAAUAUUGAGCUGGCCCCUGGGCCUUCUCCUCUCUACCUCCCCUGUGACCUUUCCUGGCCUCAUAGCUGUUACUUCCCUUGGCCCCAGCCCUGCCCUCCACUGUCCUCUGUCCCAGGACCAGAACCCUGGGGUCAGGCUCCUGUCUCCCACAUCUGUCCAGCACAUCAACAGGCUUCUUCCUGAGAUGUCCUCAGGCUUUCUCAGCCAGAGAGCUGCCUUUAGAGUCCAACUCUUGUAUGUAUGUCACCCUCACUAGAAAUGUUCCGUAGUCAUGUAGGGGGAGCAGGGCACGCAAUGGUUUGUAUUCGCAGCAUUGGGUUGGGGGACUCACUGUUCCCUGAGCCCCAGCCAGGAGGAAAGAGAAUCAGGACUGUUGCCAGGAGAGUAGGGCAGGCCUGGAAGGGCUGGUCUGAGAAACCAAGAAGACUGAGGGGUUAGGGCCAGAGCCAGUAUUUAUUUAGCAGCACCUUCAAAUGUUAGGAUGAUUCCCUUUUCCUACCUGUUUGACGAUGGCUCUCCCUAAGGUCCAAGUUGGCAGGACCACCUCCCCCUACUUCACCAUCCCUAGCAUGCUGGCCCAUUCCCAGUAGAACGAAGCAGUCCACUCAGAGCUGGGAGGGGUGGGGUGACAAGAGGGUGCAUCCAGUGUCCUGGAGCUCCACUGUGGCUUCAUGCCUCCCCUCUCCUGGCCCAGGUGUCCCUGGGACCUGCUGCAGCAGAGCAUUGCCCCAAAUCCUGAUCCAAGGGCCAGCAUGGGGAGGAGAUGGGUGCAGGCCAAAUGCACUUUAUUCAGAGAUUUUCUGUUGCUGGGAAGGUGUGUUUCUCCCACAGUUUGUGAAUAUUCACGUGUUUCAUAAAGGUCUGAUCCUGUCUGAGCAAA